UCGGCUGCGCCGUGGCCCCUCCCGCGGCAGCAUAAAAGGCGCGGGCUCCGCAGCGCAGGCGGCAGUGGGGGCCGGACAGCGCGGCGGUGAGGAUCGCGCGGCCAAGGAACGCGGCUCCCAGAGCGCGGGCCGCCCGCGGAGUGACAGCCAGAGCCCAGUCCCAGCCGGAGCCGAGCCCCACCCGAGCCGAACCGGGUCCGGCGCGCCAGGUGCCCGCAGCCAUGCUGGCCGGCCGCGCCGCGCGCACCUGUGCGCUGCUCGCUCUUUGCCUCCUGGGCAGCGGGGCCCAGGAUUUUGGGCCGACGCGCUUCAUCUGCACCUCGGUGCCGGUGGACGCCGACAUGUGCGCCGCGUCCGUGGCUGCUGGCGGCGCGGAGGAGCUCCGGAGCAAUGUGCUGCAGCUUCGCGAGACGGUGCUGCAGCAGAAGGAGACGAUCCUCAGCCAGAAGGAGACCAUCCGCGAACUGACCACCAAGCUGGGCCGCUGCGAGAGCCAGAGCACGCUGGACUCCGGUCCUGGCGAGGCAAGGGCCGGUGGCGGCCGCAAGCAGCCCGGCUCGGGCAAGAACACCAUGGGCGACCUGUCCCGGACGCCGGCCGCGGAGACGCUUAGCCAACUCGGGCAAACUUUGCAGUCUCUCAAAACCCGCCUGGAGAACCUCGAGCAGUACAGCCGCCUCAAUUCCUCCAGCCAGACCAAUAGCCUCAAGGAUCUGCUGCAGAGCAAGAUCGAUGACUUGGAGCGGCAGGUGCUAUCUCGGGUGAACACACUGGAGGAAGGCAAGGGGGGCCCCAAGAACGACACUGAGGAAAGGGUCAAGAUCGAGAGCGCCCUGACCUCUCUGCACCAGCGGAUCAGCGAGCUGGAGAAAGGUCAGAAAGACAACCGCCCUGGAGACAAGUUCCAGCUCACAUUCCCACUGCGGACCAACUACAUGUACGCUAAGGUGAAGAAGAGCCUGCCCGAGAUGUACGCCUUCACCGUGUGCAUGUGGCUCAAGUCCAGCGCUGCGCCCGGGGUGGGCACGCCUUUCUCGUAUGCUGUGCCCGGCCAGGCCAACGAGCUGGUCCUCAUCGAGUGGGGCAACAACCCCAUGGAGAUCCUCAUCAAUGACAAGGUGGCCAAGCUGCCCUUCGUAAUCAAUGAUGGCAAGUGGCACCACAUUUGCGUCACCUGGACCACCCGGGACGGGGUCUGGGAAGCCUACCAGGAUGGCACCCAGGGUGGCAAUGGCGAGAACCUGGCACCCUACCAUCCCAUCAAGCCGCAGGGUGUGCUGGUGCUGGGCCAGGAGCAGGACACUCUGGGUGGCGGGUUUGAUGCCACGCAAGCAUUUGUGGGAGAGCUGGCCCAUUUCAACAUCUGGGAUCGCAAACUGACCCCGGGGGAAGUGUACAACCUGGCCACUUGCAGCACCAAGGCCCUCUCUGGCAACGUCAUCGCCUGGGCUGAGUCCCACAUCGAGAUCUAUGGCGGAGCCACCAAGUGGACAUUCGAGGCCUGUCGCCAGAUCAACUGAUAGCUUUGGGCAGGGCUGAGCCCCGGCCCCACACCCGCCUGCCCUGCUUGUGCGGUGAUGAUCCGUCGUCUCUUCCCUUCCCCCAGGAAUGAUCAAGGCCAUGGCCCCUGCACACGCACACAGUCAGGUUUUGUCCUUCUCAUGCACACGAAGCAGUCCUGGCUCUCCUCCGUUCCUAAGGAGCCCCACUUCUCCCUAGGAGCCCUGACUGUUUCCCAGGCAUGCCCUGGUCACAGUGAAAGAGGUGGCAUCCGCAUUCUGGACAGUGCAGAAGUCAGUGAAAGUUGUGUGUGUGUGUGUGUGUGUGUGUGUGUAUGCGCGCGCGCGCAUCUGGGGAGGCCUUUCAUUCUAGAAUGAAUCUCUCACUUCCUCCUUUCUUUGUGGCUUUGGGAAACCUCACGAUGGGUCAAAACUCUGUAUUUGCCAACUUCCUUCGCUGCCCAUGCCUUGGAGUGGUGCAGCUUCUCCAGCACAUAUUUGUCUUCAUUUGCAAACCUCUUUUGGAGCAGCGUAGCUCUCUAGUGAUGUAGGAAAUGUGUUUUAAUGGUUUGUCAAGGCCAGGGGAGCCUUUCUGCAGAGAGUUUUUAUUGCAUAUUAGCAGUGAAUUCUCUCUGAAGGUCGAAGGCUUCUGUCCUGGGAUGGCAACGCCUUCCAGUCCUCACUUCACGCCCGCCCGGUUAGCAGCCCUGCCGUCUGCCUCUGAGGGCAGUGUGGACCUGGGAGGCUGGCCUGCCUGCUCCUUGGUGGCUCUGUCCCAGUACUGUCCCUCACUUCUGGUCCUUCCUGCCUCCUUGCAUCCUGUGAGGCUGGGACCUGUCAGCCACCACCCAUGCUGUGCUGCUUUGGCUCAAGUGGCCCUGAGAGAGGAGUGUCCCAUAGAGCUCCAAGAUUCAGGGGCCCAGUGCCCCACCCCCAUCUCUGGUAGUGGGAGGCCAGAAGCUUCAGGUGGGACCUCUGGACAAGGAACGCAUGUGCUGAUCGAGAGCCAGCCCCCGAAGGCCACAGACUCAGCCCACACGGUCCAUGGGAAGAUCUUCCCCAUGGCACUUUUGACAGCCAUACCCCUCCCAGCACCUCAGGCCCCUCCCCAUGGGGCAGGGGCUCAGGGGCUGCUCAGAUGGAACCGGUCCUGGUCAGAGCAGGGCCUGCCACCCACUCCUCACAGGGCUCACACAGCCCCCAACCUACCACUGGCCUGUGACUCUGAGACCUGACUCGCCCAGAACCUUGGGCUUCUUUUCCCCAUGAAAAGCAGCACAAGCAUCCCCUCCUAAUCCUUCCAAAGAGGGGAGAAAAGUGUGCGUGUGUGCGUGUGUUGUGCAUGUGUGUGUGCGCAUUUGUGCGUGAGGGGCAGAGAGCGAAUGUUCAGGAGGGGGUGCCCAGGAUGGGGAGCCCCUGCUUCGUCCCGCCAGCUGGUGGGCCGCCUCCAGGAGUCUGGCAGAGGCUGGCAGGUCUGUCUAGGAGCCCUGCUCGCUGCCUGGCUCACCUGCUGCUGCAGAUGUCCUUCGAGAGGAGCAGGCCCCUGCUGCUGUUCCUCCCAGGGCGCCCGGCUCCCGCAGCGCAGGUCGUGUUGUCGGAAACCCGUGCAUCUGUGUGUCUGUGUUGGCGUCUGUCAGUGUGCCCGUGGUGUCUGCACGUCUGGCCGCCGCCCCGCGCUGCAUCGCUCUGCGGAGAGGGUGCGGGUGGCCCCGCCCCGCGUGUUCUUGUUCAACAGUGGCUUUUUUAGAUACUCGUGCUUCCUCAGUGCCCGUCGGGUCGUGGCAUCCUUGGAUCUGCAGGGAUCUUCUCUGUUUGCAUGUUCCUCGGGUGGCGUGUUCCUUGCUCCCUGGUCCGAUGUGUGUUCCCUUGCCUGCAUGGACUUCUCCGGUUCUGUGUUGUGUGCCGAGUGCCACCCAGUGUUCUUUGACCACCCAUGCUACUGAAAAUGGCUGGGUAAGCAAGCCGGGGUGUCGGGGAGAUCAGGGGGGAGGUCAGCGUUCCCCUCCCCUCCCCGACCCCCAAACACACCAAGAAGCAAUCUUAACAUGUAGGCUGAGAACGAGCCUGAACGAUACCUGUGGUUGGGAGAGAGCAAGAGAGCCUGGAAUCACCUUUCCAGAGCAGAUGGAGCCCCACCCUCACUCCAGCCGCCUGGGAGCCCCGUGUGGGCAAGGCCCAGAGCCGGCUGUGCCAGGUGCCCUCCUGCCAGCACUUUCCACCAGCCCCCGCCCCUGCCAAUACCGGACCCCAAACCACCUCUGCCCGGAGUGGGCGAGGUGGGAGCUGUCCGUUCAGGACCACAAGCCAUCCUCUGCCCCAGCUUGAGGGCAGAGCAUCCCCACUCACACCUCGGUCCCCGCAGCCGCCUGGCGCCCCCUUCCCGACCCCACUCCCCUGAUGCACCCAUGGUGCCAGACACGGAUACGUAGCUCCCGCCCGGCCCCUAACUGGAGUCAGUGCCAAGCCCCUCAACUCCCUCACUGUGUUCACACUUGGCACUUUGCUGGCCCCAAGAAAGGUAGAUGACACAGCCGCAAAUCUAAUCCACACAGUUCCCAUCGACUCCUUAAUCUGAUUGAUGUUCCCUCUUGCACUGAAUAAUACAUGCCUCUCUCAGGUAAGCCAUUUUAUAAAAUAAGAAGAUAAAAAGCACUGUCGACACAGCGUUCGCUUUUGCCGAGCUGGUGUCUGACAGCUCCCUGGGUGUUGGGUGGGACAGCUACCGAAGGAGGCCCCGGGCCCUUGGGGGCUGAGAUCCCACUUGAAUCGUAAGCCUUCUUGCUUUUGAUAACACAGUAUUAUUUCUCUUACUGUAGAAGAAAAAGUUUAUUACCAAACAAGAGUAUUUUUAUGAAAGUAUAGGACAAACCUAUAAAUGAUCUCAACCUAUAUCUCCCUGGAAAACACUUUCAGGCUCCACCAAAAUGUAGGACUGAAAGCGUGUAUUUUGGAAGAAAGAGAUACAUUUUGUAUGCUUUCUUUUCCUUUUGUAGAUUCCCAGUUUAUUUUCUAAGACUGCAAAAAUCACUUUGUCACCAGCCCUGGGACCUGAGACCAAGGGGGUGUCUUGUGGGCAGUGAGGGGCGGGCGCGCAGGCCCGAGGUUCACAGUCAUUCCGUGAGCUCCAAGGCGGGCCCACCUGUUCUUGAAGGCAUGUUGGGGACAGGAGGUCAGGAAAGUCAUUAAUGGUGGGCCCUUUGUCUUAGAGCUCACUGAUUAGGUAGCACAAAUUGAGGACUUAAAUGUCAGUUCCAACCUCGAUAGAAGCAGCUAGGGUUACACAGUAUCAACAUGAAGAGGACAGAACCCUUUGAAAGCCUAUGGCAACUAAAACGAGGCUCGAAGCAGCUCUGGUAUCAUCUCUUAACACACAGUGUGUGAAUUUAUUCAAAUAACAUUGGGAAACGCAUCGCUUCUGUGCACGGUGGACUUAGUGCAGUGCCAUUUGUUAAAAGGGAACAAGUCAUUGAGGAGAAAAAAGCCCAAUACUUAGAGUCCCAAUUUUGUCUUAUUUGCCAAAAAAAAUUUAAAAAAAAUAAUAAAAAUAAAAGCAAACCCCCUGAAGUUGACAUUGUUAUAAUGUAUAUAAUGUAAAAUAUGAGAGAAUCGAUGUAUCUUACUUUUUCAUUAUUUGCUAACCAAAGCUGUACAUUUUUCAUACAACUUGCAGCCUUUUGGGUAUCAAAUGGGUCAAAUCCAUGGGACCUGCCACCUCCCAUCAGCAAUUCUAGAAAUGCACUAUUUCUACUGGUAUUCUUGCUUUUUUUUUUUUUUUUCUUUUC